GAGCGAGGGAGGGACGCAUCCGGAUGUGGACAACCUGCUGCCAGUCUGUCCAACAGGAGAGCGAUUGCACGCGGUCCCUCGGCCCCCGAGAUGCGGGGCGCGGGGAGAAGAGGAGCGCAGGCCAGCCUGUCUCCCGACCGCGGGCGCCGGGCUACGGGGCGGGAGAGAACCCCUGCGGCGGCCGCAGCAGCGCCCCGCGAGCCCCCCGGCCACCGAGGACGCGUCCCCGGGUCAGCGCCCGCCCCCUAGCGCCGGGCCCGCGGGCGGGGCGGGGAGGAGGCGGAGCCGCGGGGCAGGGCGCGCGGGGGUCGCAGCGCAGAGCUCCAGCUCCAGCUCUAGCGCGGCUGCAUCGGGCGGCAUGGCGAGCACGGCGUCGGAGAUCAUCGCCUUCAUGGUCUCCAUCUCUGGCUGGGUGCUGGUGUCCUCCACGCUGCCCACCGACUACUGGAAAGUGUCUACCAUCGACGGCACGGUCAUCACCACUGCCACCUAUUGGGCCAACCUGUGGAAGACGUGCGUUACCGACUCCACCGGUGUCUCCAACUGCAAGGACUUCCCCUCCAUGCUGGCGCUGGACGGUCUGCAUCCCCUCGGCCCCUUUCCUGGCCUUCGCGGCUCCCCGGGCCAUCGGCGGGGGCGCCCGCUCGGUCCCACGACCCCCGCCGGGGCCCCUGGGCCGUGCUCCGCCGAGACCCAGCCCUUCUCCCUCCCCAGGGCUUGUCCGAACCCAGCACCCCGAGGCCGGGGACCGGGACGCGCACAGAGGCCUGGGCUGGGUGGGUGAUGGAGGCGUCGGGGGAGGAGAGAAGCAGCUGAGAGGUCCCGGCUGUGGAACCUCCGUCUCUCGGGGACUGUUAGGACACGGAGUCACGCAUAAGGGGCUUCUUUCCUUCACCCAGCACUGUCCAAAAGAGCUGGCUUCUGAUUAAAAUGCCUUGUCAAAGCUACAUCUGCUUGCCCUGAACUCCGCUUAACUGUUUUGUUAGAUCUAUUGAAAGUAGGCAGGAGGAAAGGAAACAUAUUGCAGGGGGUGGUUUUUGCCCCUGAAACGCUUCUACAAACGUGUCUGCCCCGUUCUUACCGCCUCCUCCAAGUUUUAGGAAAACAAACAGCCCUCGCUGGUGUGGCAGGGGCAGACCGCAGAGAAGACUGGCCUGUAAGAAGUUUGUGCCAGAGACUGACAAGUUCUAAGCGCCGUGCCCCCCUCGUGUUAUUCAUCUGUAGAUUGUUUCUGCACUGUUCUUGUUAGCUAGGUGCUUUCUUGCAUUGCCUUAGAGCAACAGGUAGAUGUUCACAUGGAAAACUGGCUGUCUUUUAAUGUCAAGGAAACAGUAGAUGUCCCGGACACAAUGAUUGCUCAAGUUCUAGCCUCACUUUCUUCCCAGGAUUUUACAGAAUAUGACUAGAUGAGAUCCGGCAGAAACUUGAGGAGAGUCACUUUCUUCUUUUCUAAAAUUGAGGUGUUUUCUUUUUCUUUCAUUACUGACCUGCAAAUUUGUAUUUACAUAGCUGAGUAAAUAAAAGACAAGGUUUAAUUUCCCUAAAUUGGUGCUUGCCAUGAAAAGCAAACUGUUGCUCAUGUGGUUUUUGAUGGAAGCUCCGUGUAAGAGAAUACGUGUCUGGUUUUACAUGAGUGACACCUGGGUCGUAUCCUGUUGUGUAAAAUAAGUACCUGGACACUGUUGAUUCUCUGAAUUGCUGUUGAAUUUCCUGUGCUCGGUAGAGCACACAUCCAGGGAGAUGGUUUGAACAGGCAGAUUCGUGUUUCUGUGGUUUGCAUUUGUGAAUGUGGGACUGACAGCUUUUGUGCUAAGUGCAUUCUUCUGUUGUAACUGUAUUGUUACCUGAGAUUGCGUGCCAGAUAAGCACUCUUCCUUCUCUGAGACAGGUAGGGGACAAAGAUGAGGACUGAGAAAUAAAUGCUCCAGGAGGAGCAUUGGGUAUAGAAUAAAGUUUUCACCCUAUGCAUCUCAGGUAAGAGUGGACUUGCUAUCAAGAGGGAAUUGAGAAUGGAGUAAAGAUAGGAAGAGUGACAUAUAUACAACCCAAAUUGCAAAGUGGCCUUCCAUGUGUGCUCUUGUGUCUAGAAAAGGACUUUUUAAAAAAGCAAAUGAUACCACACGACUGUUCUGCAACAUUUUUAAAUUAAUAACUUAUCUUUCCAAGUCAGUACAUGCCAAAGGAACUCUUUUUAAUGACUGCAUAGUAUUCAUUUGUCUGGGCAAACUGGUUUAUUGAAUCAUUUACCCAUCAUUGGACCUUGGACCCUUUCCAGCUUUUCAUUUGUUCUUAGUGCUGUAUUAAAAAUCUUUAUAGUCACCUCUUUGUGCACACAUGUGUUUAUGAAGUAGAUACUGAGAAGUGGUCUUGUCUGAGCAGUAGACAGUUCAUUUUAAUAUUCACUUUAUACUGCCAAAUAACAUCCUACUAACGGUUCAUGAGAAUGUCUGUUUCUUCCUAUUCUUAUCACUAAGUUCUUCAUCCAGUACUACAGGUAAUACUCGUAACAGUCUCAGGCAAUCAUUUUAGUUGACAUUUCCCUGAUUGCCGUGAUUUUUUUACCAUCUUCUCAUGUAUUUAUGGGCCAUUUAUUUGUUUUCUUUGAAUUGCCUGUCCAUACCUUAUGCCUAUGGUCUGCUGUUUCCCCUUGAUUUAAAUGAUUUUGUUUUUUAAAAUUCUAGAUGUCAGUCCUUGACUUGUUAUACGUGUUGCAGUCUAAGCCCAUUGCUUGUCUUUUAAAUUUAUGAUGUCUUUUCUUAUACAAAACUUUGAAAUGGGUACUAUAAUCAGAUGUAUCAGUCUUUCCCUGCUGGCUCUGCCUUUUGUGACUUAAGAAGGCAUUGUCUACCCCAAGGCGAUAAACUUACUUUUCUUUAACUCCUAGAAUAAUAUGUGCCACCACUACAUUUUCACAUGAAGAGGCUCCCCCACCUACAAGUGAAGCUUCCC